AUGCCUAAGCGCCAUUUAUAUUCAAGUCCUGAACAGCCAAGUCACUCUGGUCGUAGAAAAUUUAGAGGCAAUGAUACUGAGACAUCUUUUCCAAUGCCACAAACUGAACGUCAGCAAUUAGCUUAUUUAUUAUCAUUAACUGCAAAUGAAGUGAAAUGUGAAACAAAUGAGGGACCUGAAGUACUUGCAAAUGAAACAAAAAAACGAAGUAGAGACAAACUGUCUAGCAUCAAUAAACCUAAAAAUAAAAGUGGUGAGACACAACUACAUCUUUGUGCUACAAAGGGAGAUUUAGAUAUAACUAAAAGCUUAGUUCGAAAAGGAGCUGAUGUUAACUGCAGAGAUAACGCUGGAUGGACUCCCCUUCAUGAAGCGUGCAAUCAUGGUCAUUUCAAAGUUGCAAAAUUUUUACUACGUGCUGGUGCAGAAGUUAAUGCUCAGGGUUUUGAUGGUGAUACACCACUUCAUGAUGCCAGUUCAAAUGGCCACCUUGAGAUUGUUGUGCUACUUUUGCGACAUGGUGGUAAUCCUCAUCAAAAAAAUGAUAAAGGAAGAACACCAAUAGAUGUGGCUGAUAGUGAUAGAGUUUUAGAAGCACUGAAGAAUUUUACCAAAGAUAUGCUCUCUGAUUUAAAACCUAAUAAAGAUAUGGAAAUUAAAGAAAGUCUGAAAACAUCUCCUGUUAAUGAAAAAGAACAAUGGUCUUUUCAAAAGUUAAAAAGAUUUUCAAAUGUAGAUGAUUUUUUGGAUGCUGAGGAUACUGAUCAGUUUUCAUCAUCUAAAAUGGAAAGCAAUUAUUGUGAAAAUAGUCUCACUUCUUCAGUUUCACUUGACUCACUUAAAGCUGAGCCAAAAUUUGAUAAUGAUAAUCCAAAUAUCACUACAACUUGUUAUUUAAAUAAAGAAGAAAACAAAACAACAAGUAGUGUAAAUAGUUCCAUUUCAGUAAGGCUGACUGAUUUAAGUUUUAUUAAAGACAAUAGUUUAAAACCACACAAAAAGAAAAGAAGUUCUUUGAGUAACUCUUCAGCUAAAAGUGCUGGAUAUGAGAGUGAAGAAGCACGAAAAAUGAAAAAAAGAACUGAUAAUCUGUCGUGUUUGUUGGUAAAAACUGAUUGUGAAGAUAAGAAAACUGAAUUGACUUUAGGUGGUAGAACAUCUGAACAAGUAUUAAAAAGUAUAUCAGAACAAACAAAAAAUGCUGGUUUGAUUUUAGAUUUGAAUGAAACUGACAAAGUUGGAGGCUCCUCAGCAGCCCUCCACAGUAACAAUAGUUAUAGUUUAACAGAAUCAAACCAUUCAAAAAAUCAUGGCAAGAUGGUAGAUAAAGAGAAAAACAAGAAACAACUGAUAAGACUUAAAGGUUUUCUUGAUGAUAGUGAUGAAAGUGAACAUUUAUCAGAUGAAAGUUCUUUACUUACAUCUAAUAAAUAUCAAUCAACUAAAACUGAUGAUUUUAUAAACAAAAGCGAUCAUGAAAGACCUAAAAAGGUUAUUCUUCCAGAUGAAAAGCAAAAAACUGAUUUUCAGAAUGAAAGAUUAAAAAAACUUUCUAAUGCCAAAAACAAUGCAGAUGAUGUGUCAGAAAGAAAAAAGAGAGAAAGUGCAGAGUGUUUACUCUCCUCCAGAGUGCAUCAUUCUCCUCAAAAGUAUAACCAAAAUGUUUCGUUUAAAAUAACUAAUAAGGAUACAACUCUUAAGAAAGUUCCAGAAGCUAACGAACCUAUUAAAAAUAAAUUUGAAGCUAACGAACCUAUCAAAAAUAAAUUUGAUGCUAACGAACCUAUCAAAAAUAAAUUUGAAGCUAACGAACCUAUCAAAAAUAAAUUUGAAGCUAACGAACCUAUCAAAAAUAAAUUUGAAGCUAACGAACCUAUCAAAAAUAAAUUUGAAGCUAACGAACCUAUCAAAAAUAAAUUUGAAGCUAACGAACCUAUCAAAAAUAAAUUUGAAGAUGACUUGAAGUUUAACUUACAUGAACAUGAAUCUUUAAUGGAGCAUGAAGACCAAAAAAAAGACUCCAUGUUUUUCCGAAAUUCUGAAACACAAGAGAUGUCACCUCAAAGUUUAAGCAACAUUAAUACUGUAUCUAAUACUAGCACAAUAAACAAGUCAUGUGGAUUUGAAAAUUUACAAAACUCAGAAAUUAUUUUACAAGAAUCUGCACAAGUUUGUAAGUUUGAGUUACCUUUUGUACAUUCUCAAAACUUAUGCAAUGAUUUGGAUUAUUCCAGAGAUAAUUCUCAAAACAUAUUUUCUGAGCUAGAUUAUAGCAAAGAUAAGUCUAAAACGAUAUCUAUUGAGCUGGAUUUUAACAAAGAUAGUUCUGAAAAUACAUGCAGUCAGACAGAGUGUACCAAAGAUAAGCUUAUAAAUAUUGAAAUGCCAAUAAAUGAUCCUAAAGUUGAAUGUAUAACAGAAGAAAAACCACAUAUAGCUGCAUUAUUUGCAGAAAAGAUAGAGGAUGCUAACUCUUUAACUAAAGUAGUUGUACCUAUAAUGGUGAGUGUUAAGGAUGUUAUAAGUGAUAAAAUAGAAAGUCUGACUUCUGACCAAGAACAACUUCAAGAACAACUUCAAGAACCACUUCAAGAACAACUCCAAGAACAAAUUCCAGAACAACUUCAGAAACACAGGUUUAGUCACAAUCUUUUGGAAAACGAUUCAAAACUAAUAAAACCAAUAGUUAGUAAAGAUAUCAAAAUAGAUGAUCCACAUGGUAAGUUAUCAACAAAAGAAAUCAAACCAGUUUUUGUUUGUAACAGCCUUAAAGAUAAUUUUGCAUUGUUAAAAGAUGAAACCAGUGAAUUUUCCUAUAGCAAAAAAAAAAUAAAUGACUGUAAACAAGCAAAACAAUUAUCAUCAGACAAUGCAUUAGAAAAAGAUUUAAAAGUUAUUUCCAUUGAUUCUAUUCCGAAACACAAAAAAAGAGAAGUUCAUAAAUUAGAUUUGUGUUCAGUUAAAAAUUGUGAUUUCAAAGCUGACUUGCAUUCAAAGUAUGAGAAAGAAAGUAAAACAGGUAAAGACAUAUUAAAAGAACCUUUCAAAGAUAUUAAAAAUGAUAAGGACAUAGUAAAAGAAGUAUGCAAUGAAACAAAAAUAAAUAAAGAGAUACCAAAAGAAUCUCUCAAAGAAUUAAAAGUAAAUAAAGAUAUGCCAAAAGAAACUUGUAAAGAAAUAAAAAUAAAUAAAAAUGUUUUAAAAGAAUCUUGCAGCGAAGGAAAACAAAAGAAACCUGCAAAGACAUAA